CGACGUGAUCAUCACACACACACACCGGCGACGCGGACGUACGUACGAGUACUCUGCGUGCAUGGCGACGGAAUCGGCGGCGGAGAUCGUCUGCCGGCUGCCGGAGCAGUGCGUGGCGCACGCCAUCUCGCUGACGACGCUCGGCGACGCGUGCCACUCGUCCGCGGUGUCGCCGGCGCCCUUCAGGCCCGCUGCGGACUCCGACGCCGCCUGGGCGCGGUUCCUGCCGCCGGACCACGCGGACGACGUCCUGGCGCGCGCCGACGAGCGGCCGGUCGCCGCCGGCUGCUGCGCGUCCAAGGAAGACCCCUUCUCGCGCCUCUGCGACUGUAGCCCCGUCCUCCUGGAGGACGGGGCCACCAUGGCAUUGGUUCGUAACGUAGCACCAGUACGGUCGAUCCGGAGCGGCGCCAGAUGCUUCGUGCUGUCGGCGAGGGCCCUCAGCAUUGCGUGGGGAGACGACCCUUCGUGCUGGACGUGGGCCGCUAGCCCGCCAGGGUCCAGGUUCCCAGAGGUGGCGGAGCUCGUGGACGUGUGCUGGCUGGAGAUCAGCGGGAAGCUCAGCCUGUCGCUGCUGUCCCCGGGGACCACCUACGCGGCCUACCUCGUCUUCACCAUGGCCGACGACUCGUACGGCCUCGAGUGCCACGUCGGGAUGCCGCCGCCCAAGGCCACGGUCACCGUCUCCUCCGGCGGCGCUAGUGGGACGACGACGACUACGAGCAGCGGCAGCAAGGCGGUGACGUCAACGACGACGGCGGAGCACGCCAUCUGCCUGCACCACAUGCAGGGGGAGGAGGAGGAGGCCGCGCACCGGCGGAAGCAGCAGUACGUGCGCCUCCGCAGGGGCUACGGCGGUGGCCGGAAGACGACGGUGCUGACGACGACGCGGGAGGCCGACCCUGACAUCAGGUGCCCCCGCCGGAGGGGCGACGGGUGGGCCGAGGUCGAGAUGGGCGAGUUCCACGUGGCGGGCGACGAGGGCGACGCGGCGGUGGUGGAGGUCAGGGUGCAGGAGGUGGAUUGCCGCCGUUGGAAGAGAGGACUCGUCGUGCUGGGCGUCGAGAUCAGGCCCAAGCAGCACACGCCGUGCUAGCGCUAUAGCUGGAGUGGACUUCAUCUUUCUUUUCUUCGUUCUUUUAUUCAGUGAUUAAUUAACAAAUGCCGAUCAAUUAUGCUUAGACAGGAGCAGCUAGCCGAUCCAUGUGCAUAAUCAGCAUCAGGGUAGCUUUCGAACCUGUUUCUUUUCUGGACAGACAGCGUGCAUGCAAGGGCAGUUUUUAAAAUGACCGUCCAUAUAGCUUGCGCAUGCUGUAUUAUCUAUUUUCGGGUCAGUUGCUUGC